GUCACCAGACCAAGUUCUCUGGGUUCUGAACACCGCUCACCCCCGAGUCUCUGAUCAGGGGAAGCAGGUGGCACAGCCUUGGGGAGAAUGGAUAAGCACGGCGCGAAGACCCCCUUGUGGAAGAAGGAACCGGAGGAUCUCCGCGCCAGGGAGGCAGGGCCGGAGGAAGAGAAGGAGGCGUCGGAGGAGGAGGACGAGGGGAGGCCGGAGGAGAGCGGGGCAGAGGGCGAGGAGCCGCCCCAGCAGGCGGAGGAGGGUGAAGGCCGGGAUCGGCACUCGGUGUCCUACUGCCCGCUGCGCCAGGAGUCCAGCACCCAGCAGGUGGCGCUGCUGAGGCGCGCGGACAGCGGCUUCUGGGGCUGGUUCAGCCCCUUCGCGCUGCUCGGCGGCCUGGCUGCUCCGGCCGACAGGAAACGGAACCUCCCGGAGGAGCCGUGCGUUCUGGAGAGUCGGCCGCCGCGCCACGGGGGCUGUGCGCGCUGCGAGAUCCUUUUUUGCAAGAAAUGCAGGAAUCUGCACAGCCACCCGGCCUACGUGGCACACUGCAUUCUAGAUCACCCGGAUCUGGGUAAGGCGGGGGCCACCAGAGGCGUUUGAACGCCGGCC